CGGAGCGCAAGGCGAGAAAGAGGGAGGAGGAGGGGGCGAUGCGAGCUUCGCAGCGGGCAGCGCUCGGAACAGCGGCCCGCCUUUGACCCCCCGACCCCUCUCCCCGCAGAGCCGGGAACUCCCCCGUGUCUCCAGCCGCGACUCAGCCUUUUGGACCUGGAAAUACCAGUAGAAGUCAUUAGCAUCUCCAGGGGCUGUACUGAGCAAACGCUUUGAGCUUUGUGGCCAAGACAGUUCCAUCUGAGGACCAGAGAUGGACAGUGCCUCACCCUCCUGAGAUGAAGAAACUGAGGCUCAGAGCAGUUAAGGAGCUCUCCCCAGGUCACAUAGCGGACAUUGGGCCGUGCAGACGCCCGGGAAGCUCCCACCUUAUUUCAUGAUGAGUCCAGACGUGGCACAGCAGAGGACCGCAGCAGAUAGGUCUGGAGCGAAUCACAUGAAUGGAAGGAUCUUGCUUGGUUGAUGGCCCCGAGAAGUGGGCAAAAUCUGAUUCUUGGCCCCAUUUUCUUGUUGAAGGAAUGGUUCAGAGAGAGUAGGUAACUUGUUCACAGUCACACAGUAAAAGGGUGGGGCAGCCUGGUAAGAAUCAGAGUGUUCUGCGUCUCAGUCUGUGCUUUCUUGCUCACAUCUCUCCUCUGAAUGCGUGGCCCUCUCCCUUCAUGCACUUCUGCGUCCCUUCAUGCAAUGCGUGGGCCAGGUGACAGCCGCAGCAGUGCGAGAGACUGAACGUCCAUCCUCAUGGAGCUCCCGGCCCAGGGAGGGGACUGACAGACAACCCUCAGUGCCAUCCUCAAGCUGGCUGCUUCACCGCCACAUUGCUGGUCAAAGAUGAGAAAGACCAACUUCUAAUUAAGGAUCGUCACCAUCCUUUCCAGAGGACAGUGGCAAACACAGCUUCCCUCUGUCCUGCACUGUGACCCUCCUUCAAGGUCCCUCAACCCCUUUAGAUAGGAAAAGAAAUCACUGUUACGUAGUUUGAUUAAAGCUUCAAGAGACAGUAGCGGCUGUUUAGGAUUGCUGGCCAAGCAUGUUACUUUCUUCCCUGAAAAGACAAAUGUGCAGGAGGAGCCCUCCCACAAGAAGUGGGACGUCCACUUAGCCUCUGCCUGUCGAGGGAUGAUGCCCGGCACACCAGGGUGGCCAUCGCCCAGAGGAAGUGAAGUCAGCCGUAGCAGACCCGGAGUCCCUCUUUGGAAUCCCUGCCUCGCCUUGUGAUCGCGCCUCUGUCUCUGGGAUUUUUCUUCCAAAUUCUCCCCCAUUAGGUGCGAUUUCUUCCAGCCCGUGCCUGGGAGGCCCCCAUCAGAGACACAGAAAUGGCAGCCGUGAGGAGAAGGACUCUCAAAGUGCUCACCUUCCUUGUCCUGUUCAUCUUCCUCACCUCCUUCUUCCUGAACUACGCCCACACCAUGGUGGCCACCACCUGGUUCCCCAAGCAGAUGGUCAUUGAGCUCUCGGAGAACUUCAAGAAGCUCAUGAAGUACUCCCACAGGCCUUGCACCUGCGCCCACUGCAUCGAACAGCAGAAGGUCUCGUCCUGGUUUGAUGAUAGGUUCAACCGGUCCAUGCAGCCGCUGCUCACGGCCCAGAAUGCACUCUUGGAGGACGGCACCUACAGCUGGUGGCUGAGGCUCCAGCGGGAGAAGCAGCCCAGUAACUUGAAUGACACCAUCAAGGAUCUUUUCCAAGUUGUGCCUGGGAACGUGGACCCCCUGUUGGAGAAGAGGUUGGUGGGCUGCCGGCGCUGCGCCGUCGUGGGCAACUCGGGCAACCUGCGGGAGUCCUGGUAUGGACCACAGAUAGACAGUCAUGACUUCGUGCUGAGGAUGAACAAGGCCCCCACAGCAGGGUUUGAGGCUGACGUCGGGAGCAAGACCACCCACCAUCUCGUGUACCCCGAGAGCUUCCGGGAGCUGGCAGAGAACGUCAGCAUGGUCCUGGUCCCCUUCAAGACCACCGAUCUGGAGUGGGUGGUCAGCGCCACCACCACAGGCACCAUCUCCCACACCUACGUUCCUGUCCCCGCGAAGAUCAAAGUGAAAAAGAGUAAGAUCCUGAUAUACCAUCCAGCCUUCAUCAAGUACGUCUUUGACAGCUGGCUGCAGGGCCACGGGCGGUACCCGUCCACUGGCAUCCUCUCCGUCAUCUUCUCGCUGCACAUCUGCGAUGAGGUGGACCUGUACGGCUUCGGGGCCGACAGCAAAGGCAACUGGCACCACUACUGGGAGAACAACCCAUCGGCGGGGGCUUUUCGCAAGACUGGGGUGCACGAUGGAGACUUUGAGUCCAACGUGACGGCCACCUUGGCAUCCAUCAAUAAAAUCCGGAUAUUCAAGGGGAGAUGACGCUGGGAAGGGUCCAGGACUGAUGCACCGGAGCACACCUCUCCACACCCAGCCCCAGCUGCCUGUGGGGCCCACCUGGUCCGGGAGCUGUGAGGGCCAGCCUCAGGGGUGUGCCUGGUGCCCCUUGGAGCCUCUUGCACCCCAAUAUUUGGUAGCAGCUACUCAGCAAGGUCACCGAGUCCUGCCAGGGCUGCAGAGAAAGUCUCAGAACUGGUCUUGGGUGGGGCACAUCCUAUCCCUGGUGUCCCAGGCUGGGGGAAGGUAGGGAGACACAGGAGAGGUCCAGACUCCAAACACUUUGGCUUCUGAGGGAGGGGCAAGGUAGGGAAGACUUCCAAAUCAUACAGGAAAGGACAGUUUCCCAGGGAGCUCGGGCAGAGACCGUACCCUGCCGAGGACUCAGGGCUGGCACUCUGAUGCCUGCUGGAUGUUUCUGAGUGAGGAUGACCUCCAGGACAGAGCCGCGUUGGGUCCACGGAGGCACUGGUGGCGGCCUGCCGCCUUUCUUUGCACAAUGGUGACAACCUCAUCUCCCUUUUCUUCCCAAAGCUCAUUUAUGGUGGCCAGGAGGGGCUGCCCACCCAAAAGGUCUUCACAAACACCUGGCAAGGUCACUCCAGGAGGUAUCUUCUUCCCGAGCUGAUAUUCCUUGAGUCAUCUAGUGGUUAUCCUCAUGGCUGAGAGCAGAUCUGACUACUUGAUGUGCCUUUGUGUUUGGGGGACAAAUGCAUGCAUUGGCUGAAAUGAGGCAAAAGCCUCAGCUCGGGAAAGGGGUCCCCAGCAAUGGCCUCUCCUUGCUGUACAGCUGGGGACAUCUUUUCUGGUCUCCUGAGCUGAUGCCUGGGCUGGAACAAAGCUUGGAUGAUACUUAAUGCCGUCCAGAGGCACAGCAGCUGUGGACCGCCCGUUCUUACCUUCACACGCUGUUGGAUUGGGUGCCCACGACCUCCCAAGGCUUCCACCGGCCAGCAUGUUCCCCAAGAGCCCCCACUGGGCCAAAUCCGUGCUGGCUUCCUGCAUGGUGUCCUGGGGGCUGCGGGGCCACCCUAAUAGCGUGACUAUCAGAGCAGAAGUCAUACCUCAUCCUUGUAUCCCCUGGCUGCUCUUUCUUCCUCGUCAUCCUUCCUGAUUAUUUAUUGAUUUUUAAAAAAUUCAGCUGACAUUGUGUGCACUUUGUGGCUCGUUUUGCUGUUCUUGAUGCUUUAAUUAAGCCUGCUCUCGCUUCACCCAGCAAAUGGAUAGUGAAAAGCUCAAAUCAAGCUUCUUGAGAUCCUCAGACUUGGGCUGGUGGUGGGGUUCUAGGGCAUGGGGGCUCACUGGUAGGCGGACCCUGGGGUGUAAUGUUGGUAGGUUCGUGGCAUGUGCUGUACCUCCUUCCCUCCAGCUCCACGUUCCUUCUCUCUUACUGGGGACCUGGAUUCAGUCUCAGGGUAGGAAUCUCCAAAACUCAGUGGCACUGUCUUGGGGCCAGGUAGGGAGUGGGGUCACAGCUAUGGGGGGACUGUGACUGUUGACUCCAGUCUCUGACAUUUUAUCAGAAAAACCACUUUUCUUAUUGAGAGUAUUUCCUGAAAGGCCACUGCUACUCUGAAGAGGUAUGACAGUUUCCUGGUGAAGUGUGAAGUAUGCCAGUAGUCUUGGACGUCCCUGGGCCUGCCUCCUCUGCUCCCUGCAGGGCUUUGGCACUCUGUUUCUCCCUCUGCAAAUGGGAAGGGAGGAAUUGUGGGAGUCAGGGGCUGCAGAUGGCCUCAAGUGACUCACAGGUCUCCAGUAAUUGUAUGCCAUGUUUGAUUUUUCCAAGUCUGUUUAAGUGAGCAUUUUCCUGAGGAGAGUCCAUAGCUUUUAUUAGAUUCUGAAAGUUCAGAAUCCAGAAAGGGGUUAAAAAAAACACACACACACAAACUAUUCCAGCUUUAAAAUCCUCUAAAUCUUAAGACUCUUGCUGAUAAGGCUAAUAAGUGGCUAUGAGGUCAUCUUUCUGAGUACAAAUCCUCGAAGGCUAGAGCUCAUGGCAGUUUGAUGGGAGGAACUGGGCAAGUGUCUUUUGUUGGCUGAUUAAUCCCAGGGACAAACCUUGGGGAAAAUGGCCAUGGGGACGGAGCAGUGGGGAUUCCUGAGCUCUACCCUGUUGCCCACAAGCUGAUAACUGUUCAGGAAUGAGGGAGCCGCGUGGGCUUUGCUGAGUCAGAACAGGUCCCCCGAGCGAGGCACUGUGGGCAGCUGCGCUGCAUGCUGCCCGGGUCCUGGCCCCACCUCUGCGGUCCUCCCUUAGGCUGUUUGAGCCCUGGCAUGUCUUCGGCCUGCUCUCUCAUUUUACAGAUGAGAAAAGCAAGGCCCAGAGAAGGGAAGUGACUUGCAGAAGUGAGCCCAGCAUCAUGGAUAGCACAAGUCAAACAUUUUGAGUAAAAUUAGGAUGUUAUUGGCUCCAUGUGUAAAACAUCCAGAGAUGGGCUUUCCCAGCCCAGCUCUCUGCAGCAUUUCAAAGGUCUGUAACCAGGCAUAGAUUUCUGACUCUACUCUGCCUCUCACGCCUGGGCUUCCUCCUCAGACUGCCUAGCAGCCCCUGCAGCCCCCGCGAGAGCUGCUCUCUGCCUUCACAUGCCAUCGCCGUCGCCCCAGUGCGGGAGAGGCCAUCGUGCUUUUCCGUUUCCCCAGCAGACAUCUCUUCCUGUCAUUGGCUUACCAAAGGGGACUUAACCCAAUCCACGCCAGCCACUGUGGUGGGGAUUAAGUACACCAGUGGCUUAAGCCAGCUGGGCCCAUACCUGGGGAAACGGCGGCUGAGAAUCGCACAAGAGCGUUUCCCGUCAAGCAUUGGCAUGCUGUUGGCAGGAAAACUGGAAACUCCCAUACGGUGGCAGUGGGCGGGGAAGGGGGGUGCUCUCACAUGUCCACCACACACGGCUGGGCUCCUGGGGCCCUGGGAACCCCAGCCCAGGCUCUGUCCACUGUGCCAGAAGAGAGCUCCUUGGAGAGCAGCCCUGGGCCCCAGGCAGGGAGCAGGGGAGUCAGUGCUGAGGCUGACGCUGCAAAGCCAGGGACUGAUGAGGGGAGAGGGCUGAGCAAUCUCCCAGCCUUUGGUCGCCCUGCAGUGAGCCUGGUGGCUGAUUUUCUCCCUGGAGCCCCUGCCCUCCUCCCCUGGUUAGGGGAGAAAGGAGGGCGUGUUUACAGCCUCUGGCUCCAGAAGCAAUUGAAGAAAGUUCUUAAAUUGAUGCCUUUUGAAACCCUGGCUUCAUCAGGUGUCAUCCAGCAAACCUCAUGGGCUGGGCUUCGUGGAAGGAGCCAGAUACCAGAAAGUAGGACAUUAAUCAGGGAAGCUGGUAACAAGGGCAUUUCAUGUGGCAAUGGUGGGUUUGGAGGCUUGAUGCAGCCAGUCUCUACUGUGGCCAGAAGGGGCGACAAGAGGCCAAUCCUACCUCGACGUGAACUGGGCCUCUGGGUCAAAGGUGGAAUGCCAGCACAGAGAAUACUGAGAGCUGUGAUGUGUGCUUUACCUGUUCUUUUCAAGGCAGCAUGAACACAAACAUGGAAGACUGGAAAGAACUCACGUGGUUGUGAUAAAAAAUGCUUUCUCCAGGGAAUCUCACACCCCAGUGGCCACUGUUCAGCUAAAGGUGGCUGGACUCUGACCAUGUGCCAUCAGGAACUGGCAACUUCCCCCUCAACUGUCCCCUCCGAAGAGCCCGGAGCUGUCAUUGUGUCCUUGGUGGCCCUCCCCUGUGGUCUGGGCUACCAAGUGUCCAGUCGGCUGUCCGCCUUUUGUUUCUCAUUAAAGCAGUAGCCCCCUGACCCUAGGGUGCCCUCUGUGUUUAGGGGGCUUGGGAGGAACAGCAGAGAUGGGCAAAGGGUCAUCUCAGUAGGUCAACCACUUCUUUCCAUGCCCAAAGAGCACUGUGUUCUUACAAGCUGCCAGCCUGCUAGCAGCGCCCACUUCCCUCUCAGCCCAUCAGGAAUCCUACUUGUGUUGAGCUUAACCCCACUGCUCAGCUGCUGUCACGUACAGAGCUGCUUUGCUGCCCGCCUGCUGCCAGCCCUGCACUGGACCCCAGCUUUAGCCCCAGGUGAGCGUGGUGCGCACAGUCCCCUUCACGCUUCAUGAAUUCAUGCCAAAGUUCCCUGAGCACUUUGUCUUCUUUGCAGUCUUGUUUGGUUGGUUGUUUGCAUUUUAAAAUUUGCUUUAUUUUUCUCCUUGCUUUGUUUCUGUAUUUGUUUUGCAGCUGAGCAUUAAUCCAGAUGCAUUUUGAAUGAAGUUCUUCGGUCUCUGUUCUGUUUUAUUUAUUGUUGGACAUUUCCAAUGAUCUGAAUCAAAGUGAAUAAAAAAAGCUAUUUUAUCGUU